ACCGAAAGACCUCCAGCGGAGAGUCGUGGUAGCGCAACGCUUGCAGAAACAGUCCUUUCAGUUUACUGUUGUAUGGGCAUUGGGCAGAAUGGAGACCAAACCAGUGAUAACCUUUCUCAAAACCCUCCUCAUCGUUUACUCCUUCGUGUUUUGGAUCACAGGAGCGAUCCUCUUGGCAGUGGGAGUAUGGGGGAAGUUUAUGAUCGGCCCGUAUAUCUCUCUGAUAGCUGAGAACACCACCAACGCUCCGUACGUCCUCAUCGGCACUGGGACUGUCAUCAUCGUCUUUGGCCUGUUCGGAUGCUUCGCCACCUGCAGGGGGAGCCCAUGGAUGCUCAAACUGUAUGUAAUGUUCUUGUCCCUGGUGUUCCUAGCUGAGUUGGUGGCUGGGAUCUCUGGCUUUGUUUUUCGUCAUGAGAUAAAAGGUACCUUCCUGAGGACGUAUACUGACGCCGUGUUGAAUUAUGAUGCUGAGGAUGAGAAGAGCCUGGCUGUGGACAACGUCCAAAGCAGCCUGCGUUGCUGUGGGGUGAACAACUACACCAGCUGGUUGGGCAGUGUGUACUACCCUGCUAACGGUUUUCCCCUGAGCUGCUGCUCCAACUCCUCUGACUGCAGCCCUCAGGACCUCCGCAACACCACCAUAAACCACACCAAGGUCUACCAGCAGGGUUGUUAUGAACUGGUAACCUCCUUCCUUGAGACCAACAUGGCCAUCAUCGCGGGAGUAACAUUUGGAAUUGCCUUCUCACAGUUGAUUGGCAUGUUGCUGGCCUGCUGUCUGUCCAGGAUCAUUACUGCUAAUCAGUAUGAGAUGGUGUAGCAGGGAGAGCAGGGAGAUGAAGAGGAGAGGGCGAACAGCACCUUGGUAGACUGGGACAGAAGAUCCCCACAACACUAGCACACUGCAUCACUAAAACUCUUCUCUCUCUCUCUCUCUCUCUCCCUCUCUCUCUCUCUCUCUCUCUCUCUCUGUCUCUCUCUCUCUCUCUCUGUGUCUCUCUGUCUCUCUCUCUCGCUCUCUCUUUCUCUCUCUCGCUCUCUCUCUCUCUCUCUCUCUCUCUGUCUCUCUCUCUCUGUGUCUCUCUGUCUCUCUCUCUCGCUCUCUCUUUCUCUCUCUCGCUCUCUCUCUCUCUCUCUCUCUCUGUCUCUCUCUCUCUGUGUCUCUCUGUCUCUCUCUGUCUCUCUCUUUCUCUCUCUCUCUCUCUCUCUCUCUCUCUCUCUCUCUCUCUCUCUCUCUCUCUCUCUCUCUCUCUCUCUCUCUCUCUCUCUCUCUCUCUCUCUCAUAAAGAAGUACCAUUCCUUAACUUGAUACUGUGCCAUGAAGACCUUCGCACAAUACCUUCAACUCCACUGAGGGACUCAGGCUGCAGUUGGAAGUUUCUAGUAAGCACUUAUGUAAAAUCAGCUUUCCCUCCCCAAUGCAACACUGACCUUGGUUAAGCAUCUAUGGGCAACUUAAUCCUGCUCCAUAUUACACGUUUAGCCAUCUCUAACACUUUGGGUAGAAGUUGUCCUUAGGGAUCUAUCUAGGAACAGGUCACACGAAGCCUUGAUGCUAAACUUAAGUAUUAGGGUGAUGAAUGGAUAUCUGACCCUGCAUCAGUGCUAAGCGCCAACAUCAUCCUGCCCCUUAGCAGUCUUUGUCUCACUGUCCUCUCACAGCACCCCCUUGUGGUCUGGCAUGCUCCAUACAGGGCCUAGCAUUUAAAAAGCAAUGCACAGAUUUGUAUGAAAUGAUUAACCCAUAUUUAAAGAUAAAACAGUAGCCAGCAUACACUGUAUUUUCAUAACGUUUUUGAUCACCGCUGUAAAUACCCAAGCUACACACAUAUAGAGAAGAUAUGUUGAUAUAACAUUGAUAGAGCAUUUAGAGCUAACUUUUAGCCUUUCAUUUGUAUCCCUGCUAUUUCGCUGCUUCAUGGAUGAUAUCUCAGACUUUUGUGUCCAUAUCUAUGAUGUUAGCUUACAAUGAACUAACUAUGUAAUCAAUUUGGUCUCUGGAUGUGUAGAUGUCUUAAUAAUUUAUUAUUUAUUAUUAGAACAAUUAAUGAAGUGUGUGUCAAGUUUGGUUCGGAACAC